AUGCACAAUCGCGGCCCGCCUUACGGUGGCCACCACGGCUAUUCAUCCACCCAACCACAAUACAACAACCGCAACUAUCCACAACCGAGCUAUGCUUCACACGCAGGUUCGCCAGCUUACCGCCAUCCCCCACAACCACACCAUAGCCACCCACAAGGCUCAUCAUCACAGUCAGGUGCGCCGCAGUACCAACCGAAGCCGUCGGGACAGUUCAGUAACACACCGUCACACUCCGGCAGUCAGACGCCACAACGAGGAGGCUCGUCACAACGUUUUGGGCGUGGUCACUUCGCAAAUCUGUCAUGGACACCUGGCGAUGGUGUACGCGGUGGGAGCCUAGUACAGCCUGGUGACAAGUCAAGAGAGAAUUCAGUGACCGCGGACGCGGAUGCACAGGAUGAUGACAACCCCUUCCGACCUCCCGCGGAUAUGCGAGCAGAGGACGAAGGUGCUCGUAAACGAAAGCCUACACCAUCUGGACCAGCUUCGCAGAUGGCAUCCGUAGUGAUCGCGCCAGAGGGAGCCGGAGUUGAAGUGGAGAAAGAAAAGAACAAGAUAUCCUUUUCCAUAAAAGGCAGGGCGAGCGUGCAAAAUGCGCAAGUUGAGAAGUCAGCCCAUGCAUCGAAGGCAGAGACAUCGCCACUGGCGUCGAAGAAGCUACCCGCGACAGUAUCACCGCUUGUGCAGGCGAGCGUACCGAAGAGCCAGAAUUAUGUCGGCAACACUCGUGUUGGUGAUCCUCCCAACAAGCUUGUCAAGAAGGAGACUGUGCGGAGAAAACGUAUCAAGGCAAGGCCAACAAUGAGUGACGAGUUUGCUGCUUCGGAUAGUGUAUACUACAGGAAGACCGGGAAUGAAUCUGUUAUCGGGAGCGGGACUUAUGGCAAGGUAUAUAAGGCUAUACAUGUGUACACUGGUAAGAUGGUGGCGCUGAAGAAGAUCCGGAUGGAGGGUGAGCGGGAUGGUUUUCCUGUCACAGCGACCCGCGAGAUCAAACUAUUACAGUCGCUGAAUCACAUCAAUGUCGUCCCGCUACAGGAAGUCAUGGUGGAGAAGAACGACUGCUUCAUGGUGUUCGAGUACCAGGCUCACGAUCUGACUGGCCUGCUCAACCAUCCAACCUUCACACUCUCGGAAGGUCACAAGAAGCACCUAGCCAAGCAGAUGUUCGAAGGACUAGCAUAUCUGCACCACCGUGGAGUGCUUCACCGCGACAUCAAAGCGGCAAAUAUCCUCGUCUCCAAGACUGGCGAGCUCAAGUAUGCGGAUUUCGGUCUUGCGCGUUUCUACCAGAAGCGUAGCACACAAGAUUACACCAACCGAGUGAUUACAAUCUGGUACCGGCCACCCGAACUUCUGCUCGGCGAGACACAAUACGGCCCAGCAGUCGAUAUCUGGAGCGCCGCCUGCGUCCUCGUCGAGAUCUUCACCCGCCAUGCCAUCUUCCCAGGCGAUGGUGGCGAGAUCAAUCAACUCGACAAAAUCUACAACGUCCUCGGCACACCAUCCCGUAGCGACUGGCCCGGCCUCACUCAACUCCAAUGGUUCGAGCUCCUACGCCCAUCUCACCGCCAGCCCUCUACUUUCCGCGACAAGUAUAAGAGCAGAAUAAGAGAGGAUGCUUUCGAGCUUCUGGAAGCCAUGUUCUCGUACGAUCCGGCGAAUCGACCUCCGGCAUCGGACGUCCUGGAGCAUAGUUAUUUCACCAACGAGCCCCAGGCGCAGCAGGUCUGGGAAUUGGCGGAUCUGGAGGGCGAUUGGCAUGAAUUCGAGUCCAAGGCUUUGAGGAAGGAGAAGGAGAAGAGUGAGCGGGAGGCGAGACGGAGAGAGAGGGAAGUGGUGGAGAAGAGGAAGGCGGAGGAGAUGCCGCAGGGUGCUUUGCCCGGGGAGAAGAGGAUUAAGGUUGCUGUUGCUGCGGAAGCCCCUUGA